AUGGGCGACGGCGGGGAACUGAGCGAGGACAGCAACGCAGGGAGUAGUGAGAACAGCAACAGCGAGGACCAGGCAAGAUUACAUCUCAAGAGGAAGCUGCAGAGAAAUAGAACUUCAUUCACUAACGACCAGAUCGACAGUUUGGAAAAAGAGUUCGAGCGCACUCACUACCCGGAUGUGUUUGCACGAGAGAGACUGGCGGCCAAGAUCGGUCUGCCAGAAGCAAGGAUACAGGUCUGGUUCAGCAACCGACGAGCAAAAUGGCGGAGAGAAGAGAAAUUGCGGAACCAAAGACGAGCUGCUGAAGGCGUCGCGCCGUCCUCGCCCACCAGGAUCGUCAACAACGCUUUCACGCCCACGCCCAUGUACACGCCCCUGCCUCCGCCGCCCAUGUCCGUGGCUGACACGUAUGGCUCCAUGACGGGUCCCGGAGGCGGCUUCGGGAUGGCCUCAAGCGUGGGCGUCACAGCCACAAGCCCCAACUGCCUCGGCUCGCAGCAACCACCCACGGGCGUGCACGCGGGGGCGGGACUCACAAGAGAACAGGCACACGCCCACAACCCUUACAUGAGCCGCCCAUACGACCCUCUCUAUUCGCACGCCCGCGCUUCGCCCACCUGCCCGCCCAUGCUCUACCACCACGCCUCCCACCACCAUCACCAUCAAUCCCACGCCCACGAGUACAAUACGCCCACACCACCCAACUCCCAAGCUGGUCUCCUCUCGCCCGGCGUGUCCGUUCCCCUCGCCGUGCCAGGCCAGAACCACGACAUGAGUGCGCAAUACUGGACGCGGCUUCAGUAA